AUGUCAUGCGACGUCCGCCCGGUCAUCACCUCCACAAAGACCCUGUAUGUCAAUCCCUACGAGACGCCCCUGGCCUGCCCAUGCGCCCCGCCUCCGUCCCCGUCCGCCCGCGGCCGCAGCAGCAGCCGUUGGCACUCCCUCGCCCCUUUCGGGCGCUGUCCCUCCCACGGCUGCUGCACCCUCGACGUCGCCGUCCACCGCUGCGCGCGCCGGUGCCGGGAUCCAACGAGGUACAACCGAUACCUCCGUUCCCUCUCCGCGUCGCCCAGACGAGACGCUUCCUCUAUGCCCUCACGAGGAAUGUCGCCCUCGCGCUCCCGCUCAUACCCGCACUCGAGCCCGCACCCGUCCAAGCCUAUCCACUCCGACCCUUUCGCGGCCCAGCAUAGCGCGUCGUCCUGGCGCCGCCUCCGCACCUUCGACCGGGACCCGGACUUCCGCGCCGUCGAGUCCCGCGACUUCCGCCUUGCCCUCGACGAGCUCCUCGACAUCGGCCGCGUCCUCCUUCACGCUGAGGCCGAGCUCGACAAGGCCCGCCUCCGGGUCGAGAGGGAACGCGCCCGGCAUCGCGCCGCCCACGGCACCGCGUGCGAGGGCGUCCUCCGCGAGUACGAGUGUGGCUGGAUACGACGCGUCGCCGAUAUGGUUGUAGGCGCGGACGACCUGGCGCUGAGCGCCGAGGUCUUGGCGGACUGCUGGACCCGCGGAGGGUUGGCGGGAUCGUUGAAGACCGCGGCCGGCGGGGGUCGGAGCGUCGGGGCAAGGCAAGCAGCCUGGAGACCCGACGGGACGAGCAAGCCAGACCGUGGAGGUACCUUCGUCGAGAGAGCUUUGACAUAA